CCAUGGGAAGACCUCCAGGCACUGCUGCAAUGAGAAUGCCUCCAGGAACUGGAAUGGUCCCAGGCACUGCCAGGCCAGGAUCAAGAGCUGGUGAAAUGGGUGGAGCUUUGAAUGCACAGAUAAGAGUUGCAGAGCGACCCAUGACAAAACAAGGCUUAACUGGAAUGAGGACUUCAGCCGGGAGAGGUCCACAAAGGGCAAUUUAUGACAAGUCCUUCUACAUGGGGCAACUAAGAGCAAAAAUUACAGAGCUUGCAGCAGAGAUAGCAAAAAUGCAAAGAGAGGUGGACCAGUUUAAUCAAGAGAAUGCAACAUUUCUGACAUAUGAAAAACGAGCUGAAGGUUUAGCCACAGAAAUCAAAGAACUCCAAGGACAAUUAGCUGAUUAUAACACGCUGUUGGACAAAAUUAACACAGACACAGAAAUGGAUGACAUUGUUCAAGACUUCAAUGCACUGAAAAUUCAGAAUGAGCGGGAACAGAAAUCUAUUGAUGAGUUAUUCACCCAGAGAAGAGAUAAAGAGCAGCAGAUAAAACAGCUAGAGAUUGAACUUGACCAGGAACGGAGAAUGGCUGAGAGCUUGGUGGAAGAUAUGCCUCCUGAUCAGAGAGCAAAGUAUGCUCAGUUGAAAAAUGUCAACAAUUCUCUGCAGGCAGUGAUCAUGUAUCAUCCCUGUAAUUUGAAUAUGGAAGGAGAGUCCUUAACCCUUGCGAAAAGAUCUAGGAAAUUCCUAGGAAAUCCUAAGAUUUUCCUAGGANAGGAGGUAUCCAGCUCUCCAGUCAAACAAGAAGCAGUGACAUUAUACGAAAAAUUGAAUGAACUUGGAGAGAAGAAACAGAGCUUGCUAGAUGAGAUGGAGAAAGAGAACAAAGGAACUCCUGCAGAAGAAAGAGAGAGACUUCUCAAACAGGUUAAGGAAGACAAUCAGGAGAUUGCAAGCAUGGAGCGAAAUUAUAUUUUUUUUUCUGUGACAUUAUACGAAAAAUUGAAUGAACUUGGAGAGAAGAAACAGAGCUUGCUUGAUGAGAUGGAGAAAGAGAACAAAGGAACUCCUGCAGAAGAAAGAGAGAGACUUCUCAAACAGGUUAAAGAAGACAAUCAGGAGAUUGCAAGCAUGGAGCGAAAGACAUCUGAACUCCGAGAGAAAAUUGAAACAGUAAACGGUGAAAUUCAACAACUGGACAUGGACCUUGAAGAACAUCAAGGCGAACGAAAUGUUAAGUACAAAGAGUUGAAAAAGCGGGAAGAAACGAUGGACGAAUUUUUGGAAACGUUCGAGGAAGUUAAGGCAAAUGAACAGGCAAGGAAGCAGCAGUUGGAAAGCAACAUUGUAAACGUCUUGGAGCACAUGAGCAGGGGAAUGGCACGAACAAAGCACUUACCCAGUCCGGCCGAGCUUCAACGAAUGAAGGAUGAUCUGAAUUUUAAAGAAACAGAAAUGCAUAAGUCUCAGUCUACAGCGGCCAGUUUAGGUUCAGAACACACCCGUCUUCAAAUGGAUCUGGAGAAAGUUGAACAGCUCGAGACAAAAAUAACAACAGAGCUCGAAUCACUGAAAGAAAGGAUCCAGACAAUGACACUGGAACUUGAAACAUUCAGCGACCUGGAUGCCCUAACAGACCAGUCAGAGGAGAAAAAAACGCGUUUGUAUAAAGAAAAGAAGACACUAUCCGCAAGGAAAGAAACAUUCAAAAAGCACGUUCAGAGCCUGUCUUCAUUUUAUGAUGCUACGAAGAGUAAGCUAAUGGAAAACGAGACACAUUCUCAGCUUGGAAACUUAGAGAGAAAGUGGCAACACCAUGAACAAAACAACUUCGUCAUGAAGGAGUUUAUUGCUACAAAAAGCCUGGAGAGCGAUUAUCGUCCUCUGAAGCAAAAUGUGUCUGAACAACUGGAGGACAUCAACAAACUGCUGAUUCAGUCUCUUGGAAAAUAACUUCCAACCUCUCAACCUGAUAUUUAUUUUAAAUUGUGUGUUGUCUCGAAAGUAUUGCUGUGUUUACUUUACUUUUGCUUUUAAUAAUCUUUCUUAAUGAUAGUUAAAACCAUACAUUGAGUUCUGUAGCGAAUCAGAGUUCAGAUUCGGUGCACUCUAACCAAUCAGGAGCAAGCAAUGUGAUUUUCUGUCUUGUUUUCCCGCGUUUGACGGCGCGGGUUGCAUUUUUCCCGUGUAAAGAACUGGUUUAGUAUGUUUAGCCUGACAACGAACCAAACAUCCCUUUCUCCUUUUUCACAGACGAAUGUCAGUUUAUUUAUUUGGCUAUUCGACUUACCUGUUAAAAUCUGAUUUUAAGACCACUCUUCAAGUAGUAAAGGAAAGGUCUAAUCCAUAA